AUGUACGUAGCCCCUCUUCCAGUUAUCUACCUCUCCCAAUAUAUGGACGGUGAUGCUAACGACUUCACAGGAAAUCACGGUAACGAACUAUCCAGGCGAAGCCCGGGAGUACCUCAAGAACUCAUUACCGCCAUGGGUGCCGGGUUCACCCCAAGUAUGAUGGGGAAAAAUACAGUUCUCAUAGCCGCUUUCCUCUCGGGAACAAAAGCAAGGAAAACACUUUCCUGGUCUAUCCCAGUAGUGAAUCAUACCUGGCUCGAGGACUGCUUUGUUCAAUGGCGCAACCUCACAGUUGGAGUAGAGAAAUACAUCGUCGUCCCCCCUGGUGUGGAUUUUGGCACGCUCCUUGGGGUGUGGGACGGGGGAUCGAAAAAGAAGUGA